GAAAUGACUAUUCUGCAUGGGGGCUUCUUGCUGGCUGAGCAGCUGUUCCGCCCCAAAGCACUAGCAGAAUUGACCAAGUCCGACUGGCAACACGUUGGGCAGCCCAUCGUGGAGGCCUUGAAGGAGAUCUCAGCCACACCAUGCUCCCAGCCCUUUGCCUGGAAGAAGAAAGCACUGAUAAUCAUCUGGGCCAAGAUUCUUCAGCCCUACCCUGCCACCCCUGCAGACACUGAAACCAGGUGGCAGGAAGAUGUGUUUUUCUCAGUAGGCAACAUGCUCCCUACCAUCAAUCACACAAUCCUUUUUGAGCUGCUCAAGUCCCUGGAAGCUUCUGGACUCUUCAUCCAGCUCCUAAUGGCCCUGCCCACCACUAUCUGCCAUGUAGAACUAGAACGCUUUUUGGAGCACAUGACUGUUGACACUUCCUCAAAGGAUGUGGCCUUCUUCCUAGACAUCUGGUGGGAAAUGAUGAAACACAAGGGCAAUCAGCAGGACCCUUUGCUCUCCCAGUUUAGGACAAUGGCCCAUAAGUACUUGUCCUCUUCAGAUGAGUUCUGCCACCCUCCAAAGAGGUUUAAGUCAGACCCAGAUGUGUGUCCUACCAUGCCCCUGUUGGCCAUGCUGCUCAAUGGGUUGAAGCAAAUCCAAAAUAAAAUCCUUUGUCCCGGAAUGAAGUGCUGUGCAUUAGCCAACUUGGCUGACAUGCUGACAGUGUUUGCACUGGUAGAAGAUGACCCCCAGGAAGUGUCUGCAACUGUCUAUCUGGACAAACUGGCCACCGUGAUCUCUGUGUGGAAUUCAGACACCCAGAACCCAUACCACCAACAGGCGCUGGCAGAGAAGGUAAAGGAAGCAGAGCGGGAUGUCAGCCUGAGCUCGCUGGCCAGGCUCCCAACUGAGACGCUCUUUGUUGGGUUCGAGUACAUGCAUAGCCUGCUGCAGGAGUGGGGGGAAGAGCUGCAGGCCAUGCUCAAUAGCAGCCAGGGAACAAAUUACGAUAGCUACCGGCUCUGUGACAGUCUGACUUCCUUCAGCCAGAACCUGAAGCUCUACCUGGAUACCACCACCUUGUCUAAGGAAGAAAGGCAGGUGGUCUCUGAGUUGGCAGACUGUGUCAAGGACUUUCUGAGGAAAACAAGCAGAGUGCUGAAGAACAAGGGCUUGGAGAAGGACAUUACUGCCUCGAUUGCCAUGGCUAUUAUCGAGCAGAAGAUGGACCGGCAUAUGGAAAUGUGUUAUGUCUUUGCCUCUGAGAAGAAGUGGGCCUUCUCAGACGAGUGGCUCGCCUGCCUGAUUAAUAACAGGGCUCUCUUCCGAGAGCCGGGCUUGGUGUUAAAGCUGUUGGAAACAGUGAUGGAUGUCAGCACGUCUGACAGAGCCGUCCCUGAGUCUCAGGUCAAACAAGUGGUUGACUUGAUCCUGGAAUGUUAUGCAGACCUCUCGCUGCCAGAUAAAAAUAAAGUUCUCUCAGGUGUCUUAGAUUCCUGGGGGCGGAAAGGCCUCUCUGAGAAGUUGUUGGCAUACUUAAAGGGUUUUCAGGAAGACCUCAAUACCACUUUUAACCAGCUCUCACAGAGUGCCUCUGAACAGGGCUUGGCUAAUGCGGUGGCUUCUGUGGCCCGGCUGGUGAUCCUGCACCCAGAAAUCACAGUAAAGAAAAUGUGCAGCAUGGCUGUGGUCAAUCUCGGCACCCACAAGUUCCUGGCUCAGAUUCUCAGUGCCUUCCCCGCCCUCAGGUUCACAGAAGAGCAGGAUCCAAACCCACCUACCACGUUCAUGGUGUCAUGCCUCAAAGAGACUGUUUGGGGAAAGUUCUCAACACCCAAGGAAGAAAAGCAAUUUUUGGAGUUCAUAAGCUGCCUGAUGAGUCCCGUGAAGCCUCAGGGGAUUCCAGUUGCUGCUCUUCUUGAGCCAGAUGAAGUACUCAAGGAAUUUGUCCUGCCUUUCUUGAUGCUAGAUGCUGAAGAGGUAGACCUCAGCCUGAGGAUCUUCAUCCAGACUCUAGAAGUGAACGCAGGCUUAGAAUACUGGCUCCAGACCUGCUCUCCAUUCCCCCUCAUUUUCAGCAUGUGCCAGCUCCUGGAUUGUUACAGCAAAUAUUGGCAACUCCCCAAGGAAAAGCGGCACCUGUCUUUGGAUGAGAAGGAUCUGGCGAUCCAUGUCCUGGCACUCCUCUGUGACAUUGUAUUAGCUAAUGUGGAGACCUUCUCCCCUGAUACCUGGAUCAAGUCCCUGUCUUGGCUCCACCAGAAGUUGGAGCAGCUAGACUGGACUGUGGGCCUAAGACUGAAGAAUUUCUUUGAGGGCCACUUCAAGUGUGAGGUGCCAGCCACACUUUUUGAGAUCUGUAAGCUUUCUGAGGGUGAGUGGACCUCCCAGACCCACCCAGGGUAUGGGCCAGGCACAGGGCUCCUGGCUUGGAUGGAGUGCUGCUGUAUCUCCAGCAGUAUCUGUGAGCAGAUGCUCUCCCUCCUGGUGGUAGAUGUGGGCAAUCCAGAGGAGGUCAGACUGUUCAGCAAGGGCUUUCUGGUGGCCCUGGUACAAGUCAUGCCUUGGUGCAGCCCCCAGGAGUGGCAGUACCUUCACCAGCUGACCAGGAGACUGUUGGAGAAACAGCUCCUCCAUGUCCCGUACAGCCUGGAAUAUAUUCAGUUUGUUCCUCUGCUCAACUUAAAGCCCUUCGCCCAGGAGCUCCAACUCUCCAUACUCUUCCUGAGAGUUUUCCAGUUUCUCUGCAGCCAGAGUUGUCGUAAUUGGCUUCCUAUAGACGGCUGGAGCCAUGUGGUCAAGCUCCUCUGUAGCAGUCUGACCAACCUCCUGGACUCAGUUAGGUUGAUACAGUCCUUGGGCCAAGGACAAGAGCAGGACCUGACCCAGGAAGCCCUGUUUGUUUAUACCCAGAUGUUCUGUCAUGUUCUACAUAUCAUGGCCAUGCUCCACCAAGAGGUGUGUGAACCACUUUAUGUUUUGGCCUUGGAGAUCCUCACUUGCUAUGAAACCCUGAGCAAGCCUAAUCCUUCUGUUAGUUCCUUGCUCCAGAAGGUGAAUGAGCAGCGCUUCUUAAAGUCCAUCGCCGAGAACAUUAACCCUGAGGAGUGGCGCUACACCCUGCUGCAGAAGAUCAGCAACUUCUGA